AUGUGCAUCGAACAGCUCGUGCACUCUGUCGGUGAAUUCUUCAAGACCGCGGUUGCGUGCCUAUGUUGUCUCCUCAUUGGAGGCCCUGUCCUCAUCGGUGUUGGCGUACUUUUCCUCUCCAGCGACGACCCUCGUGACAAUUUCAAGAAGGCGGUGAGUGCAUUCGACCCAAAGCCCCUGGAGAGUUGGACUGGAACAUUCAGUGAUGUGAAGGCCACCGUCAGACGGCAGUCACUGUCCGUCGCGGGUUUUGGUCCGAUACCGUCCGUUUACACUGAAGCCACCGUCCCGGUUAGCGGUAACACCGAUGGCAGCCAACUGGUAGUGAAGGUGAACAUUAACACCGUCGCACCGUUCACGCGGAGGUCACCUCUUCAUGCAACAAGGGAGAGAUGGUUCUCCUGCAGUUCUUCUCAAUGUUCUGGAUAUUCCAGAAAAUGUGACUGUCAAGAGAAGCACGAGCAAUUUAGGAACAAGUGCUAUUCACAAGGUGGCCAAUACACUACUCAAAGCUCGAAAUGUCGGUUGGGUGAAAAGUGCGGCUACUGCAAGCAGGAAGUGUAUUUGUCCAAGCUCUAUCUUGUCGCUGCAAGCGAUGGAAAAGGGGGGUACAGGGAAAGUACCCAAUAUCAGAGCGCGUUGUACAGUUUUGGACAUCUGUCCCAGGGAUACGAGGCGGUACCCCAGGAUAAGGUUCAGGUGCAGUUAUACAGUGAGGGAGAUCCUUUCAUCGCACUCGAGCGUGAAACGAUGGGCGAGGGUGAAUUCGGCGUUCCGAAUCGGACAAUGGGAAUCGCUUGUAUCGUGGCCGGAUCGCUGCUCCUUCUUCUGGAAAUUGCCGUGUGUGUGUGUGUAGUUUGCUUCUGUCUGAAGCGUAAGGGCUCUUCAUCCAAUGAUACGAGUGAUCCUGAUACACCUCAGGGGGAUGGCUCUCCUUAUACAUACGGACAAUCACAACCACCACCACCACCAGGUUAUGCCUACGGCCAACCACUGCCGCAGCAGGGCUACCUUUAUGGGCAACCACCACCGCCGCAACAACAAGGUUAUCCCUAUGGGCAACCACCACCACCGCAACAAGGGCACACGUAUGGCCAACCACCACCGCCGCAACAAGGAGGGUAUACUUAUGGGAAGCCACCACCGCAACAAGGGUACACGUAUGGCCAACCGCCACCACCACAAGGAGGCUAUACUUACGGCCAACCGCCACCACCGCAACAACAGGGUCACUCUUAUGGGCAAGCGCCCUGCCCCCAACCAAAUCCUACAGUGUAG